AUUGGGGGCAUUUAGAAAACUGAAAAAAUAAAAAUAAAAUUAUAGCAAAGCUUAUAGAGAAUAAAUUCCUUGUUCAUACACGCUAGCUUCACCAAAAGAGCUGCAGAUUUACGAGAGCAAAGCAAAUAGUUUCCUUAACUAGGUAGAGAUUAUAAAGGCAAAGAAAAGAGAUAAUUAUGGGACGUGGAAAGAUACCGAUCAAGAGGAUUGAGAACCAGACGACUAGGCAAGUUACGUUUUCGAAGCGACGAGCUGGGUUAUUGAAGAAGACCCAUGAGUUGUCCGUGCUUUGUGACGCUCAGAUUGGGCUCAUCAUCUUCUCCACUACCGGCAAGAUGUGCCAGUAUUGCACUGAGGGUUACAGAAUGGAGCAAAUCAUAGAAAGGUAUCAGAAGGUCACUGGAACUUGCAUUCCUGAGCAUGACAAUCGGGAACAUUUGUACAAUGAAUUGGCAGUGUUGAGGAAAGAAACUCGUCGCCUUCAACUAAGCAUGCGACGCUACACUGGUGAAGACAUGAGUUCUAUACCAUUCGAAGAGCUCGAUCAACUUGAACACGAACUCGAACGCUCCGUCAUCAAGGUCCGAGAGCGAAAGAAUGAGCUCUUGCAACAACAACUGGAUAACCUACGUAGAAAGGAGAGAAUACUAGAGGAAGAAAACAGCAAUAUGUACCGCUGGGUGCAGGAACACCGAGCGGCGAUCGAGUAUCAGCAGGGAGGAAUGGAAGCUAAGCCAGUGGAGCAUCAGCAAGUUGUGGAUCAAUUCUCUUUCUUUGGAGAACCAAGCAGUGUGCUUCAGCUUGCUACCAUUCCUCAACAGUUCCAAUCCUAUCAGCUCCAGCUUGCUCAGCCCAACCUUCAAGAUUCUAAUGUCUAGUAUUGUGCCAUUGCAGCUAUGAUUUUCUGAGAAGAAAAGAAGAUGGUAUAUUACAUAGACAGAGAGUGAGCAUUAUUGGGAUCAAAUCUUGUGUUCAAAUUAUCUAUUAAAAACAUAUUUCUGAUAUUAUUUUUGUUUAGGGGAGUGUGCUAUAUGCUUUCAUGUUUCUGAAGUUAAAACAUUCAAACUCAACAUCAAUACCCUUUUUCUGUGUGUUUCUUGA